AUGUACAGCUUCAUGGGAGGAGGGUUGUUCUGUGCCGGCGUGGGGAAUGUACUCCUGAUUGUUUCCACAGCAACCGAUUACUGGAUGCAGUACCGCCACUCGAGCAACUACAUGCAUCAGGGCCUGUGGCGGUAUUGCACACUGUCAAAAUGCUUCAUCCAAACGGACGGCAUCGCCUACUGGGACGCCACCAAAGCCUUCAUGAUCCUCUCCUUGCUGGCCUGCUUCUUUGGCAUCAUCGUUGGCAUCAUGGCUUUCAUCCACAGCUCCUACUUUGUCAGGUUCGACAAAACCUUUACUGCGGGAACAUUGUUUUUCGUCUCGUGCUUUUUUGUAUUGCUGGCGAUGGCCAUUUACACUGGGGCGACUGUCAAUUAUUACGGGAGACGAUAUACAAGCUGGAGAUUCUCCUGGUCCUACAUCAUUGGCUGGGUGGCAGUGAUGCUCAUGUUUUUUUCAGGUAUUUUCUACAUGUGUGCUUAUCGGAUGCAUGAAUGCCCAAGGAGCACCAACUCCCGAUAA